AUGUUAUCAAACGACGUACUCAUUCUCCGUGAAGCCAUCGGCAAGCUAACCAAAAAGCUGGAGGAAAACGAAGAGAUUACGGCGGAUGAAACCAACGCGCUCGUCGAAGCAUCUAACAAGUGCGUUGGAACUAUCCACAAAAUCAAUGCGAUGAAGCCAGAAGGACCUACCGAAGAAAGCCAAUUUGCUCAAGCUGAGUAUGAAUGCUUCCGGAACGUCCACAAGCUACUCAAGGAAACAAUGGCAAAACCUGGUAGAUACCCAGACGGUAAAGAAGUUGUCAGAAAAUUGCGACUCGCUCAUCCAGAUCUUUUCUGUCCCCCUACAACAGUCGAGCCCCGACGCAGUACCAUCCUGGCAGCGGCAGAGGCCAGAGUUGCCGCACUAGCCCAUGCCUACCGCGAACAAGGCGAGGAACGCGAGCCUACAACCCUGUCAGUCACACUGAGGACCAGAACUGAUUUGGUACCGAUGUGGAUGAUGCGGAUGCGAGGUCUUACCGAGGAAGCUUCAACACCCAUGCCGAGAUCAGAGGAUGUGGAUGAUUCAGGAUCAGAGGAUGUGGAUGAUUCAGGAUCAGAGGGUGUGGAUGGAUCGGGAUCAGAGGUCGGCUCCGUUGUGUCUGAUGAGAUGGAUUCAGAUUGA